AUGGCUCCUCUUGCGAUACUCUUUGCCGCUCUCCACCUCUUCCACCUGGUGUGCUGUGAGCCCACAGUUAAUUUUCCACUCAACUCCCAGCUACCGCCUGUGGCCCGGGUAGACAAGCCUUUCUCAUACACUUUCUCGCCAUACACUUUCAAAUCUGACUCGUCAAUCUCAUACUCACUCGGCGACGCUCCCAAAUGGCUGUCCAUUAGCAGCAAGGAUGGUCGCCUCUACGGUACACCCACUGAUAGCGCCAUUCCUUCGGGCGAUGUAGUCGGCCAAACCAUUGAGAUCAUUGCCAAUGAUGAUACCGGCUCAUCGACUCUCAACGCAACCCUCGUCAUCUCAAGAAACGAGUCUCCUUCGAUCAACAUACCUCUCGCAGACCAGAUCGAAAACCUGGGCGAUUACUCAGCUCCCUCAUCCUUGCUACUCUACCCGUCCAAGGAAUUCUCCUUUUCGUUUGAUCCCGAUACAUUCCACCACCAACCUCAAAUGAUCAACUAUUACGCCAGCUCCGAUGACAACAGCCCUCUCCCCUCAUGGGUGAAGUUCAGUCCUGACACUCUGACCUUCAGCGGCAAAACACCACCUUUCGAGUCUCUCGUCCAACCUCCACAGACAUUUGGUUUCAAGUUGAUUGCCUCCGAUAUCGUGGGCUUCUCGGCCGCCUAUAUCCCCUUCUACAUCGUGGUAGGAAGUCACAAGCUCAGCUCGGAUAGCCCCAUCAUUAUGCUAAAUGGCACCCGGGGGAAGAAGCUCCGUUAUGAUGGACUCCUGGGUGAGAUCAAGCUCGAUAACGAGACGGCUCGGCCAAGUGAGGUCGAAGUGUCGACCGACGACAUGCCCGAUUGGCUAUCCCUGAACAACAAAACCUGGGUAAUCGAGGGGACCCCGAAGCAGAAGGGGGAUCACUCAACCAACUUUACCAUCAACUUUCGCGACUCCCACUCAGACACUCUUAGUGUUGUUGCCAUUGUCAAUGUUGCGACGCGGCUAUUUAGCUCGACCAUUGAUGACAUGAGCAUACGGGCCGGAGAGCAUGUUAAUAUCGACCUCGAACCAUACUUUUGGGACCCAAGCGACAUCAAUCUGAAGAUGGCCGUAACUCCCCGGGAGGAUUGGCUCGAGCUUGAUGGCUUCAAUAUCACUGGGAAAGUCCCAAAGUCGGCACCGAGUAAGCUCAAGAUCUCUCUCACGGCAUCCUCCAAGGCAUAUGACGUGGAGGAAACUGCGACUCUCAACGUGAAGGUCCUGGCCUCCACUCAGACGACUUCUUCGGCAUCAAAAACUUCAACUUCUGCGACUUCGACCUCCGCUAAAUCCACCGGCUCCAGUGAACCUACUGGUUUAUCUACAACUGCAAUCCUUCUUGCCACCAUCUUACCUAUUCUCGUCGUCGCUCUUCUUGUUAUGCUGCUCGUCUGGUGCCUUGUCCGCCGCCGCCGUAGAUCCGAGACCACCUAUUUGUCGGCCAACCUGCGCGUCAACGGGACCAAUCCUAAUAUUCGCGGGUCUGAAAGGCAAAGAGAUGAUGACUUUUCAGGGAGCGAUUCGAUGAGCUCUCCUGGGUCGUCCUCGAUCUUGGACUUUUUGGCAACUCCCGAGGUUCCGGCGCGAUUCAUGGCGGAGGAUCCAAUGCACCAAAUCACACGGACUGCCAGACGACAAUCGUGGUACACUGUGGCGACAGCAACAGCGACAGCGACAGCGACGGCUCGGCGGAGUGAAAUCUCAUUAAGGAGCCAUACAUCAGAUACGACGUUCCCAGAGUCGACUCAUCAAUUACUCCCACCACCAGCCUUCCUAUCAGAGUCAGGAAGUUCGUCGUUCCGGAGCGGCCUUGACCUAACAAUCCCAUCGCUCGAGGACUUGCCCAACAUGAGACAGAGUGAUAUUGGGGCAAUGCGGGCGGAGCUCGCACGAACACGGGACCCAUCCGCUUUUUACUCAUCCGCCCCAGAAAGUUCAUUGGCCUUCUCAUCCUCGCACCAAUCCAGCCCACGGCUGAUGACCGGGGGUUUCAGCAGGAGGCCUUCAGAUACUAAGGAGGCUGCAGCGACGGUACCAGAGAUGAGACAGCCAAGCCUAGCAAGACUGGCAAGUCAACAACGAAUAACCCGACAACACAGCCGCGGAGCGUGGUAUGAUACGGACGGAUCCAGUAUGGGUCGAAGCUUCCGGACGGAUCCAUCGUUUGGAUCGAUGGAGAACUGGCGAGUAGUCCCUAAGCGACGUGAAAAUUCGGGGGUUGCCUACCAAAAGCUUGUAGAAGCAGCACCAUUCCACCCGUCGCGGCCCUUGCGACCUACAUCACGGCCCACAUCGCGGCCUACAUCACGGCCUACAUCACGGCCCAGCACAGCAAUGAGCGGGCGGGAGGGAGCACGGCCGGGGGAGAGGUCGGCGAGCGCUGAGCUGAUGUCCCCAAGCCAGUGGGGAGACGCCAAGACGAGCAUUCGAGGCUCGGUGGCAUCGCAACGAUCGGGGUUAGGCCAGUCGGCCAGUCGACAAUCACGGUCGGACGAAGAGCCGCUCGGAAACGCAGCCAGCAGGUAUUCACGGCUGAGCGAAGCGCCGCCCAGAAAGUCGGUCAGUCGGUAUUCGCGGUUGGGUGAAGCGCCGAUGGCCCCUAUGAAUGACGCGAACCACACUCCAACGUCAGGAAACAAAGACCGAAGUAAAGUGUAACAAGUGAAGUUGAAACCAUAGUGCUGUCAGCACUCGCCUUCUUUAGAUGGGUAGCUCGACAACCACUGUUGUUCCCAUUUUACGGCUUGUCGGCUCUGAUAAAAACGUCUAGCAACACUAAUACUGGCGCCGAUAAAAUGAAGGAUUUUGGGGAGCGGGUGGUUGUAGAGUCUGACUAGUUCAGUGGUGUCUGCCGCUCCCCUGGGCUCUCGCAAUCCACGCCGCCAGAGCUAUCUCCUUGAAUAUCAGACUGGGUAGGCUGGGAGAGGACCGCCUCCGUGAAGCACUAGAAAAGAUGGAUGCUUUUCCUUCUGUAAGCGAGGUGCUGUGGUUUGGGUUUGGGUCAAGCACAUCCUCAGAUGCAUGCUGGAAUCCACGGAAGGGCCUCUGUGCAUAGGUAUUUGUGCUUGUCUCGCC